GUUGCAACUUACAACCUUGCAAAUAGAGGGCUGAGAGAGAGUGAGAGAGAGAGAGACAGAGAGAGAGCUCUUCGUUAGAUCUGCUCUCUUUCAAGUCUUUUUGUUUCUAUGUUCUAGACUCGGUCUCUGACUCAGUUCCACUCGCGCUGAACAAACUCGCUUCUGAUUAGCUGAACUCUACGUGUAGACUGGUAUUACUGGCUCUGUUUCUCCGCGUGUACUUGCAUUUUGAUUGGAUUUCCGGCAUCGGAUCGAGCGGUCGAUUGAAUGACGAAUUUCUUGUGGGAUUUUCCGAACCUCAGGUGAGAGCCCGCGAAUUCCGGCAGGUUUUGCGACAAUGAUGUUUAAGUCGGCGAGAUGGAGGAGCGACAAGUACAGGACCAAAGCUGUGUUCAAAUUGCAGUUUCAUGCAACUCAAGUUACACAAUUGAAUGCGCAAGCAUUGAUGAUAUCAGUUGUCCUUGGCGACGGAGGCAAACCGCGAACAAUAUUAGAAAAGGCGACGGUUCUAGACGGUAACUGUCGGUGGGAAAAUCCGGUCUACGAGACCGUUAAAUUUGCUCAGGAUCCAAAGACACGAAAGAUCAACGAAAUAAUCUACCAUUUUAUUUUAUCAACAGGAUUGGGAAAAGGAGGUUUGGUUGGGGAAGCUUCAAUUGAUUUUUCUGCUUUUGCUGAAGCAAUUAAAACUUCCACCGUUUCUCUUCCUUUAAAGAAAUCCAACUCUAAAGCAAUUUUGCAUGUCUCAAUACAGAGGCUGCAGGAAAAUGUUGAUCAAAGAGAGGUGGAAAAAAUUGAAGAUGCAAGUAUUAAAACGCAAGACUGUAUCUUGAAGGAUGAUGAAAGUAUUCAGAGCGAUACCAUUGAAGAUGUGCCUUUAAGCAAAGCCACCAACAAUGUUGAAUUGCAUGGGAACCGCAGAGGAUCGAGUGAAUAUGAUAUUACCAUUUCAAGUUCUGGUAGCAUCUCUGGAUUUGACACUCCACGAGAACUUGGAAUGAGAAACAACAUCAAUCACGACCCUCAGUUUCUGUCAUCUAUGAAUAACUCCUCAUUUACUCCUAAACCAACAUCAACUGCCUCGACAGCAACAUACGAGGAGCCUUCAGCAGGUUCUGAUUUUGGAACGAGUACUGAUGACUGUAACAAUUCACAGGACACUUUUCCACGAGAAAACUCCCAACAUGGUUCUGAUAAUGAGAUUGAAAGGCUCAAGAACGAGCUCAAGGCUUUGACCAGACAAGUGGAUGUGUCGGAUAUGGAAUUGAAGGCCCUUAGAAAACGAAUUGUAAAGGAGAGCAAAAGGGGACAGGAUCUGUCAAGGGAAGUUGUUACUUUGAAAAGAGAGAAAGAUGCACUCAAAUUAGAGUGUGAGAAGCUGAAGGCCUUUGAGAAACAAAUAGAUGAUGCAACAGUAAAAAGCAGGUUGGAGUUUGAGAGUGGAGACACAUGGGUUCUUAUCGAAGAAAUCAGACAAGAGCUGAAUUAUGAGAAGGCAUUGAAUUCCGAUCUUCAGUUACAACUGCAGAAGACACAGGAAUCAAAUGCUGAAUUAAUGCUUGCCGUACAAGUCCUAGAAGAAACGUUUGAUGCAAAGAAGACGGAUGUACCCGAUCCUCCCAAGAAAUCAGGAUCCCAUGGUAGUGCUGAGGAAUUGGGAGUAACCAUCUCGGGACGUCACUCGGAUGAGGAUGAUGAGCAGAGGGAACUGCAACAACUUGUUAAAGCGCACAGAGACAAUAAGGAAACCUCUUUCCUUGAACAAAAGAUCAUGGACCUCUACAGAGAGAGAGAGGUUUACAAGAGAGAUAAAGAUGAGCUAGAGGCACAAAUGGAGCAGCUAGCACUUGACUAUGAGUUACUGAAGCAGGAAAAUCACGACAUGUCCUACAAAUUAGAGCAAAGGCAACUGCAAGAUCAACUGAAUAUGCAGUACGAGUUCCCAUCUUCCUUUGCUAACAUAAAUGAACAUACCAAAAUUGAGUGCUUGGAAAGUGAACUCGACAAGCAAUCAAAAGAAUUCUCGCAGUCCUUAAGUACCAUUAACAAAUUAGAAACCCACAUCAAAAGUUUGGAGGAAGAGUUAGAAAAACAGGAACAAGUAUUCGAAAUGGAUUUAGAAACUAUCAUACAAGCCAAAGUUGAUCAGGAGCAAAGAGCUAUCCGAGCUGAGGAAGCCUUAUGUAUGACAAGAUGGAAGAAUGCUAAUAUAGCUGAAAGUCUGCAGGAGGAAUUUAAAAGUGUCUCUAUGCAGAUGGCCUUUACACUUGAUGCACAUGAGAAGUCGGCUACUAAAGCUCUGACCGAAGCAAGUGAACUACGCUUGCAGAACAAUGAGCUAGAAGAAUUGCUCAAGAAAGCUAAAGAAGAGCUCCAAUCAGUUAUAGAAAACUAUGAGGCAAAACUCUGUAACCUUUCCAAUCAAGUAAAUUUAAAAUCCAACCAGAUAGAACAGAUGUUGGAGGAAAUUGAUGACAAAUCUAAGCAGCUUGAACAUCAAAAGAAGCAUGAGGAAGAAGUUAGUGGGGCUUUUUCCGAAGUGAUCCGCAGCCUAAAAGCUGAGAUUGGGAAGCUGACUAUGGAAAGAAAAUGCCUCCAUGAACGAGCUCGACUGAUAGAGAAGUUGGAAAAGAAGGAAGAUAACAUUACUGGCAUGGAAAAUAAGCUGAAAGAAAGCAAUGAAAGAGCAGCAGUUUCUGACGGAACAAAAACUCCAUUAGAGAAUGACAAAUCUCCCUUGGUAUCUUACAGUCCUGCAGAAGUGGCAAGCCUAAGGGAGAAACUGAUGUUGCUCGAGGGACAAAUAAAGUUAAAAGAAAUUGCUUUAGAAACAUCAACUAAUGUCUUUCUGGAAAUGGAGAAGAAUCUUCAUAAGAAAAUUGACGAGUUAGAAAGCAUAGUAGAAGAACUCGAUGUGCACAGCACCAGUUUCUGCAAAUACCAACUUCAGAAGGCAUGUAAAGAUUCUAUGGAUACAUCAAAUGACAUUAUCUCAAUGCCUUGUGUGAAGAGCAACGGUGACUGUUUUUCGGAGAAAGAACCAAAGACAUCUAUUGUCGAUAAAGACGGUAACAGGGAUGAGUUGAUUGCUGAAGUAGCAUCAUUAAGGAAAAGAAACGAAUCAAUGCAAAAGGAAUUGAAGGAAAUGCAAGAACGAUAUUCUGAGAUAAGCCUCAAAUUUGCAGAGGUGGAAGGUGCGCGGCAGCAGCUCGUGAUGACGGUGCGUACUCUUAAAAAUGGCAAGAAGUGCUGAAACUUGAAGGUAUUGAAAUUCUUCCUAUACAAAAGCAGAACGUAUAGCUUGAAGUAGUAGCUGAGUGUGUGCCCACAUGGAAAAUUUAGGUGCUGGCAGUUUAUGUUUAGAGCGAGUAAAUUAAAUUGUACAAAAAUAGACGGUUCAUUUUUAGCUUCCAAACGUAGUUAAGUUUUUUUUU